CUCAGUUUGAUUGUCUGUGCUCUGCAGAGGCUCCUGUGUUUGUCAGAGAGGACAUUUUGAGACACCGUCAUGUCCGUGGACCAGAAGGUAGUGUUAAUCACGGGCUGCUCGUCGGGGAUUGGGCUCAGCUUGGCGGUUCGGUUGGCCUCCGACACCGGCAAAGCAUUCAAAGUGUAUGCCACAAUGAGGAACCUGGCCAAGAAAAAGCGUCUUUUGGAGAGUGUAAAAGGCCUGCACCAGGACACCUUGGAAAUCCUUCAAAUGGACGUGACUGAUAGGCAAUCCAUCCUGAACGCACGCGACAAAGUUGUGGAGAAGCGGGUGGACAUUCUGGUGUGUAAUGCCGGUGUGGGCUUGAUGGGACCCCUGGAGGUUCAGUCCUUAGACUCGAUGAGGCACAUUCUGGAGGUCAACCUUCUUGGCACCAUUCAGACCAUUCAGGUCUUCCUGUCGGACAUGAAAGCUCAAGGUCAGGGCCAGAUUCUGGUCACCGGCAGCACCGGAGGGCUUCACGGUCUUCCAUUUAAUGAGGUGUAUUGUGCCAGUAAGUUUGCCAUUGAAGGAGUAUGUGAGAGCCUGGCUGUCCUGCUGCAACACUUUAAUAUCCGAGUUAGCCUUAUUGAGUGUGGACCGGUCAACAGUGACUUCCUGGUGAACCUGCAGAGGGCAGAGCUCGGGGACGCGUGUCUUGAACAGGUUGACGGCCAAACGCUCAGUCUGUAUGAAAAGUACAUGCAGCACUGCAGCACGGUUUUCCAAAAUGCUGCACAGGACACAGAGGAUAUUGUAAAGGUAUUUCUAGAUGCCAUCCAUUCAACCAAUCCUGCAUUCAGAUACUUCACCAACAGCGUCAUGCCACCUCUUACCAAACUGAAGGUCACAGAACCAGAUGGAAUGAAAUACAUUAAAGCCAUGAGCAAGAUCAUUUUUGCAGAUGAGGACCAAUGAUUUUGCAAAUGUCGCCUUUUCAUUCAAGCUACCACUUUAUCUGCAGACUUUGGCCUGAGGGGGAAGAAUAUUUGUUUCUUCUAAUUUUAGCUUCUGGGACAAAGUUGAUAAAGUGAGUUUCGUAAGAAGCGAUUGCAAGAAGAGGUGGCCCCAUGUUAAUUUUUUUUGUCUGUCAUUGGUUACUUGUGAAGUAAUAUUUGAUAAAGAUCAUGUAUAUUUUUAGUCAUUCCACAACUUUUCCAUUACUUCUAUUCAACAUGGUUGUUAUCUCACAUUCCACACCUUCUCUGGGAUGGCCAUGCUUCAGGCUGGACUCUUGCACUGCAUUGUUAAGUUGAAAUAUUCUAAAAAUGUGCUUAUGUAAAUUCAGGUUUGCUAUUUUUAACACCUGAAAAUAGCUUUCUCGUUUUAAAGAAAGAAGCAAAAACAUGAUGGCUGAACUAUGGUCUGUGAAAAGAAAUAAACCUAACCCUGCAAAAGUGAUACGAAUCACAUUGACAUAUACGCACACACACCAGGUUUAUCAUGUAUAAGAAUAUAUAAAAACAUAAAAAAAUAUAUAUAAAAUGCAUAUUGUGAUAAACUAGUUACACCGUGUAGAUGUCAGUUUUCUUUGUCUCAUUAAAGUGUUUUAGAUCCUGAAACUAAUUUUUCAAAGAGACUCCAAAGCACAUGCAAGAUGCAGUUUUCAAAUGAUGUAUUUUUAUUGUAAUUAAAGGGGAACAUUUUAUUAAAGCCAACCUGAUCCUCAGUGAAAAAUAUUGUCUCCCAUUUAAAUCAUGAAUAAACUGA